GUAGGCCAUGGUUUUUCUGCAGAGUAUACAGAAUGACCAUAGAUCACAUGAAUUUGGAACUCUUACAAAGGCUUGGAAGGCCCACCCAUGUGAUAGGUUAUGAGAAGAUAUCUCUCUAGCAUUGAAUCUCAUCUUUCUGCCUUGUCAAUGUGAUCAUCUAUAUAAAGGUCAUGUAAUUGGGUUCACUAUCAAGACUCUUCCAUACUCCGAUUAUCAAAAGAAAUUUCCAACUUUUGACUUCUCUCAAAGUCUCACUAGUUCCUUUCAGAAAAUACUAUAACAUGGGAUUCCGUUUGCCUAGGAUUGUUCAUGCUAAGCAAAGUUUUCGACGAUCUUCAUCAACUGGAAAUGGAUCAUCCACUGUUGACGUUCCAAAGGGGUAUUUUACAGUUUACGUUGGUGAGGAACAAAAGAAGCGUUUUAUCAUUCCACUAUCUUACUUGAACCAGCCUACUUUUCAAGAUUUGUUGAGUCGAGCAGAAGAUGAAUUUGGAUAUGAUCAUCCAAUGGGUGGCAUCACAAUUCCUUGCAGUGAAGACCUUUUCCUCGAUCUCACUCGAAGUUUGAAAGACAAAUGAGCUAGAGGGAUUGAUAUCUAGAAAUUGGUAGUAUAGAAAAAGGAUUAGAAUAGUAUAGAAUGUAAACUGUAAACAUUUUUGAAAUGAGAGAACUUGA